AUGGAGUCCGACGGGCGCACCAAGGCCUACAAAUUCGUCGCUUAUGCGGCGGUUUCCUUUUCGAUUAUCGCUGUGCUUUCUGUAGUUCUGACACUACCCAUGGUUUAUAAUUAUGUAAGUCAUGUCCGGCGUCAAAUGCAGCACGAGAUAUCAUUCUGCAAAGGAUCGGCCAAGGACAUCUUUAAUGAAGUAAAUUACAUGAAAGCCAAUGCCGCUUCGGCUGCUUCGCGUAACCGCACAUCUCGCCAGUCAGGCUAUCCGACUGGUCAAUGUGAAAGUUGCUGCCUGCCUGGACCACCAGGACCACCCGGAGCACCUGGGAAGCCAGGAAGGCCCGGACGGCCAGGAGCACCAGGAACCCCACCAGGAGAACCUGGUCCGCCUGGACCUGCCGGGGAACCUGGAGUACCUGCCCAAAGCGAGCCACUCUCUCCAGGAGCACCCGGAGAACCAGGAGACCCAGGACCAACCGGACCACCUGGCCCUCCUGGUGCACCAGGAAAAGACGGGCUACCUGGUCCUGCUGGACCUAAAGGAGCACCUGGACCCGAUGGACCACCUGGAGUCGAUGGACAAAGAGGACCACCAGGAGCCCCUGGCCCUGCCGGUACUCCAGGUGAAAAGGGGAUCUGCCCCAAGUAUUGUGCCAUCGACGGUGGUGUCUUCUUCGAGGACGGAACACGGCGCUAA